UUUUUAUAGGAGUACGUUUUUUGUUCUUUGGUUUGGUUUGUUUUUUCUACUCUCUCUUUGGUCUCAAAUUUUUGUUUCUAGAAAAUUUCAUGACCCCUCAAGCUUUUCCACACCCAUUUUCUCCCUCCCACCUCAUCAUCCAUCACAAUCUCAUUCUAAAGACAUAAAUCACAAUAAUGUACAAAGCAUAUCAUCAACCAGAAACAUGUAUGGCUUUUUUCCUUUUCUCAGGCAUUAACAUUAAAUAACCAUACACACACACACACACACAUGAAAAUCAAUCUGACAAGACCAUUCAUCUUAAGGUGCUUCCUCAUCUCCCUCUUCCUCUCCCUCCCUUUCCUCUUUCUCCACUUGUUCUCGCCUCGACAACAACCCCAUCAAUCACACACCAACAAAGAUCUCACGAUUCGACCCGGUUACACCUCCUAUGAGGCCUACAUUCAACGCCAGCUCAACAAGACCCUCAACCCGAGGCUCCGAAAAGUAUGGACAACCCGCGACUGGAAUAGGAAGAUCCCGGUUUUCGCGCGGUUCUUCGAGGAACUCAAAGAAAAGAAUCUUCUAAAAAACGCGUCCAAGGCAUUGUGCAUCGGUGCACGCGUGGGGCAAGAGGUGGAAGCUCUGCGGCGGAUAGGGGUGGUUGAUUCAGUGGGAAUCGACUUGGUCCCGUACCCGCCGCUGGUGGUUAAAGGUGACUUUCACCACCAACCAUUUCCCAAUGACAUGUUUGAUUUUGAGUUCUCCAAUGUGUUCGAUCAUGCGUUGUACCCGCAACAGUUCGUGGCUGAGAUUGAACGCACGUUGAAGCCCAACGGGGUGUGCGUGUUGCACGUGGCUCUGUCGCGCCGUGCUGAUAAGUACUCCGCUAAUGACCUCUACAGCGUCCAACCCCUCAUUGAGCUUUUUAAUAACUCUAUUUUGGUUCAUGUUCGAACCGUCGAUGGUUUUGGAUUGGACACUGAGGUCGCAUUUCGAAAGAAACAAACCAGAAACCGCAAAUGACUCAUCAUAUAUCUAAUUAGUUUUUCUCUCUUUACUUUUACUUUUUUUUUUCAUUUUUAAAUAGUGACUUUUCUCUAUUUCUUUUUUUUCGCAGUAAAUUUGAAUGGAAAUUUUGUAUAUAUAAAUACAGUUUGUACAUUGUUUUGUUCUCUGAAGAAGUCCAUAAAUGGUGGAUGAUGAAUA